AUGGCGACCACUCCUCCGCCUUCAGACUUUCGUGAGCUACGCGAGCCACGGGCACCCAGACAUGGCGCUGGCUACGACAGCUUCGAACCAUAUCCCACAAGACAAUCUGCUCGACUAGCAGGGCAACGGUCUAGCGAGUCGCACACAACUCCCCCUCCACCAAGUCCUAAAAAAUCCGCGCGUCGCAACGAAAUCGACKCUUUGUCACCUCCCAGCACGCUUUCUCCCCGCAAGAAGCCAGUGCAUGGAAAAGCGUCACUACUCAGCGAGACCUUGGAUCUGGAAGCUUCGGAUCUUUCAGACGGCGCAGGAGUCUCAGCAAAUCGGUUUUCCCGGUCGGCAAUCCUUCCAGGACAUUCGCUUCUUUUGCCUACCCCUGCAAAGACCCCUCGCCAUCAGAAGUCGAUAGGCAAUCUUGGUGCCGCAGCACGUUCUCUCUUUCCUGUCAAUGCUUCAUCUUCGCGCCACACGAAAAGCACAAAGAAAGCCAGUGGAUUUUCUCUGGACAGUUUCAACGAAGAUUCCACAGGCAACAACAGCUCAAUCGAAAUCUUCACAGACAGUCGCGAUCGUAUCCCUGUGGUAAACAAGAGCCACGACAACCCAUUCUUGAGCAAAACAGAACCCAAGAUGUCUUCUGAUAGCGAGACUCCCAAGGCUAAGCGUCAGCGUGUCAGCUCUCGUCGUGUAGCACCAGAAGUUGAUCCUAAAGAAGCUGUCAAGCGGACUGAUGGGAUGCUUUACACCUUCCGUGGCAAGAAAGUUUUUCGCAAGUUCGACUAUCAACGCAGUGAUUCUGAGGAUGAACAGAACGAAGAAGACGAAUUGGGCUUCUUCGCCGUUCGCCCAGACUUGCUUGACAGUAGUGUUAAUCUCGAUGUCCCGCGUUUGACCCGCUCAGCCAUCAAAGGCCGCCGUCUCUUUGCACCAAUUUCGGAAACCCAGCAGUCUGGCUCUGUCGAUGAGAACGAAGAGGCUACUACCGAUAUUGAAGACCCUGUCGACUCCGUUGAAAGCACAGACAUUGUGCAUUCUGAAGGAGAUCUCGAGACGACACCCAAACGUUCGCUACGCACUCGGACUACUGGUUUGCACAGUGACGACAAAACAGAGCCUGUUCAUCCUGCUGUUGCAGACACGAAGAAGAGUGACAAACGCAGCAGUCCUUUUAGUGUCUGGGCUCGCAAGAAGACCCAGCCUGCCGAUGUGUCUGUGUCGAAGAAGCGUGAAGCCGACCCAUUCACUGGAUCGCCUGCCCCGGCCGCCAAGCGGACCAGAGCUCAUUGA